AACUCUCCCCCCCGACGAGUACAAUUGAGCAAAGUCUCAGUCUCAGUCUCUCUCUCUCUCUCUCUCUCUCUCUCUCCUCCCUUCGAGGGUUAUCCUGAAGAGGCGCAAUGGACUCGUACGCGCUGCACCUCGCGAUGGCGGCGCUCGUCGGCGCCACCUUCGCCGCCGCCUCCGCCUACUACAUGCACCGCAAGACCCUAACUCAACUCCUCGACUUCGCCCGCGCCAUCGAGCGCGAGCGCGAGCGCGGCGGCGGCGGCGACGAGAAGCGCUCCCCGCGGCGGCGAUCGGCGGAGCAGCACCAGCCGACCGAUCGCCGGAGCGCACCCAGGUAUUACCGGCGCGGCGGCGUCGGCGUCGGCGUCGGCGUCGGCUCGAUCUCGCUCCCCGACGUGUUGGCGGCGGCGGCGGCGGCGGACGGAGAAGACGACGAGGAGGAAGAAGAGGAGGAGCGGCGCACGGUGGUGAACGCGAUCUUCUCGGCGGAGGAGGAUUACCGGGACUUGCUCAUACCCCCGGGGUUGCCUCGGCUCCACACCGUUCCGGAAGGAAAUAGACAAAUUGUUCGUUCAUGUUCAAACAAAAGAGUUGGUGUAAUUAGGCCGACUUCUCCGAAAUCUCCUGUCGUCAGUGUUAGUGCUUUUGAUAGUUUGGAUGGAUCAGAUGAAGAUGAUAAUUUACGCGAUGAUUCCAAACUUGGCGACAUCUACUUAAACACGAAUGGAAAUCUUGAAUCAGAACCGAAAGGCUUUUUUCAGCCGUUACCCAAUAACGUCAUAGUGAAUGGGGAGUCACAGCCAUUAGCUGCAACAAGCAUGAUUCGAUCUCAUAGUGUAUCCGGUGAUCUGCAUGGAGUCCAACCUGACCCAGUAGCAGCAGAUAUUCUUAGAAGAGAGCCUGAGCAUGAAUCUUUUAUCAAGUUGAAAAUUUCUCCAAAUGAGAUCCCAUCUACAGAUGAAAUGGAGGUCUACAAAAUUCUUCAGAAGUGCCUGGAGUUAAGAGAAAGCUAUGUCUUCAGAGAAGAAAUAGCUCCGUGGGAGAAGGAAGUCAUAACUGACCCUAGUACUCCGAAGCCUAACCCUAACCCUUUUGCCUAUGCCCCCGAGCAAAAGACUGAUCAUUAUCCCCAGAUGGUUGAUGGUGUUGUUCAUGUAUAUACAAAUCAACAUUGUAAGGAACGGCUCUAUCCUGUGGCUGAUGCUACUACUUUCUUUACUGAUUUGCAUUAUAUCCUUCGAGUUAUUGCUGCUGGAAAUAUUAGAACUGUUUGCCAUAAUCGAUUGAAUCUUCUGGAGCAUAAAUUCAAAUUUCAUUUGAUGCUCAAUACGGAUAAGGAAUUUCUUGCUCAGAAAAGUGCCCCACAUCGUGAUUUCUACAAUGUUAGGAAAGUUGACACUCAUGUACACCACUCAGCAUGCAUGAACCAGAAGCAAUUAUUGAGAUUUAUAAAAUCCAAAUUGCAGAAAGAACCUGAUGAGGUUGUGAUUUUUAGAGAUGGUACCUAUAUGACUUUGAAGGAGGUCUUUGAGAGCUUAGACUUGACUGGGUAUGACCUUAACGUUGAUUUGUUAGAUGUCCACGCAGACAAGAGUACAUUUCAUCGUUUCGAUAAGUUCAAUCUUAAGUAUAAUCCAUGUGGUCAAAGUCGGCUUAGGGAGAUCUUUCUUAAACAAGAUAAUCUCAUUCAAGGUCGCUUCCUAGGAGAGCUGACAAAACAAGUAUUUUGUGACCUUGCUGCCAGUAAAUACCAGAUGGCUGAAUAUAGGAUAUCAAUUUAUGGGAGGAAACAAAGCGAAUGGGAUCAACUUGCAAGUUGGAUUGUGAAUAAUGAAUUGUAUAGUGAAAAUGUUGUUUGGUUAAUUCAGAUUCCACGGCUGUAUAAUAUUUACAAGGAAAUGGGUAUAGUGACGUCAUUUCAGAAUCUCCUUGACAAUAUUUUUCUUCCUCUUUUUGAGGUUACUGUUGAUCCCGAUUCACAUCCUCAGUUGCAUAUGUUCUUAAAACAGGUUGUGGGGUUGGAUUUGGUUGAUGAUGAAAGCAAACCAGAGAGACGUCCUACAAAGCACAUGCCUACACCAGCUCAAUGGACUAAUGUCUUCAAUCCUGCUUUCUCAUAUUACGUCUACUACUGUUAUGCCAACCUAUAUACGCUGAACAAGCUCCGCGAGUCAAAGGGCAUGACAACCAUUAAGUUUCGCCCACAUGCUGGAGAGGCUGGCGACAUUGAUCACCUGGCUGCAACAUUUCUUGUGGCUCAUAAUAUUUCUCAUGGAGUCAACCUGCGGAAGUCCCCUGUUCUUCAAUAUUUGUACUAUCUUGCUCAGAUUGGUUUGGCAAUGUCUCCUUUGAGCAACAAUUCCUUAUUUCUUGAUUAUCAUCGGAAUCCUUUUCCAAUGUUUUUUCUGCGAGGGCUAAACGUUUCUCUUUCGACGGAUGAUCCAUUGCAAAUUCACUUAACAAAAGAACCUCUGGUGGAAGAAUACAGUAUUGCUGCUUCUUUAUGGAAGCUAAGUUCGUGCGAUUUAUGUGAAAUUGCUAGGAAUUCAGUCUAUCAAUCUGGCUUUUCACAUGCUCUCAAGUCGCACUGGGUAGGAAAGAACUACUACAAAAGAGGUCCCGAUGGUAAUGACAUUCAUCAAACAAAUGUUCCUCACAUCAGAGUUGAAUUUCGUGAAAUGAUAUGGAGAGAAGAAAUGCAGCGAGUUUUUCUAGGCAAUGCUAAGAUACCUGACGAAGUGGAUAAGUGAAUUCCAAGAGUUGAACAAGACUCCAAACUUGCUCAGAUUCUCUUCUGCGGCACAAAACUUAUCUGUUGUAAUGUACCAUGUUAGUGAAAAAGUUGGAUCUUAAUUCUUUGGCUUGCAAUCUUAAGAUUGGGAGAUGAUCUUGAAGAGUGGGAGACGAGCUAUAAACUAGACGGACUAUUGUGAAGGACGGAUGGACAAAUACACAAUUUCAAGGGUAAAUUGCACUAAAAGUCUCUGAACUUUUCAUUGAGUUUCACUUUGGUCCUCGAACUUUUAAGUUCGACAUUCAACACACCCCUAACUUUUGAAUGUUUCACUUUUGUACUUGCAUGAAAAUUUAUUGCUUGCGCCCAGGCUUAUCCAUUCCUUUGUGCGCUAAAAAUUAAUUAUCCCUUAGUCCAUCUCAAACUUUAAAUUUCAGUCCACUUUCUAUGUAGGGUAAAGAGUCCAACUCAAAUGCUGGGUUGCUAAAGCUAAAAAAAUGAGAUGGAAAAGGGUGGAUUGUAUGGUGCACCGGGCCCUAUUGUUAUUAACCGAGCGUAGGCAAUAAUAUUUCCUAGUAGUGUAUAAGCAUAAGGUAAGAUGUGAAAUGCCGAACUUAAAUGUUUAAGGACUGAAGUGAAACUUGGGGGAUUAGUGGUGAACUUUACCCCAAUUUCAAACUAUGAUUCGAGGAAAGCAAAGGGGGCUUCAGAUAAUAUGGGGUCUCACUUUUGAUUGACCGGUUGGUUUUGUAUUUUUGUGGGCUUCUGUAUGGGGGUUGCCCAUCUCAGAUUUCUUCUUGUAAAUAUGUGCAGUGUUCUUUGCUUUUUUAGGAAAAGAUAACUAUGUAGAGAUUUUCUCUGAGUUUUAUUUAAUGUCUUGAGUUGGACUAGUUUUCUC